AUCAUUUGGAGAAUCUUGAAACAUAUGGAAAUACUAAUGCUUUUUGAGCAACUUGGAGCAUAACAGUCAUCAAAGUAAGAUGCUGAAAAUCCUCUAUCUGAAUGUGAUUGAUUUUCUUCAGUCUUUGGCACAUCCACUCUUCUGUUUCAGACAAUCUUUGUAGUCUAUUCUGAUGACUCAUCUCACCAAACUCUUGUUGUGAAACUUCGUUGGAUUUCCUUUUUCUCCUGUCUCCCAACAUGGCUGAAGUCAAUGCUUACACUACAUGCAGGGAACCAUGAGGUUGUGGCUGUCCGUGCUGACUUUUGCCCUGUCCUUGCUGAUCUGCUUGGGGACGCUGGCAGAGGCUUAUCCAUCCAAACCGGACAAUCCUGGAGAGGAUGCACCAGCAGAGGACAUGGCCAGAUACUACUCGGCACUGAGGCACUACAUCAAUCUCAUCACAAGGCAGAGAUACGGAAAGAGAUCAAGCCCAGAAACGCUGAUUUCUGAUCUUUUGUUGAGAGAAAGCACAGAAAAUAUUCCUCGAUCUAGGUUUGAAGACCCUUCUAUGUGGUGAUGGAAAUUACAAUGCAUCGUCAGCCUUUUGCUAGUUUUCAAUCCAUAUUUCAUUGCUCUAAGAUAAAUUGGAGUUUAACAUUCCUCAGUGCAUGCAGUCAUUGUACUGAAUUCUGUAAAGUUUUCUGUCGUCAUACUUGUAUAUACAUUUAUUUAAAUAAAUUAUUUGUGCAUUCCAAAAUGUAACAUACUAAAUGAAAAACAAUGACACUGUUACUGGUAAAGAUUUGUUUUAAACUAUUAAAAUCGAACUACAACCUCCCUGCAGUCUAAAGUAGCACGCACAGUAAUAAUUUCACAAAUAUUACAGUAAUUGUUGCAACAAGUUAGAUAAUGACAACUUUUACUUAA